GGGGGCGAAGAUUGCUUCACAAAUUCAUGCAAACUUGACCAGCAAUCCAUCGCACCUCCAAAACACCGAAUUUUCCCUGAUCGGCGCCAAUAGUGAGGUAUGUACCGAUGGUUCCGGAAAGGGUGGGACGAUUGGACCCUGGUGACCACCGACGCAUCUCUUCAGCAGAUCAUCAAUCUUCAGCCACUCUCCACAUCCUUCUCCAUAGCACAGAAAGCCCUGACGCUUGGUUAGCUGCAAGUCUUUGUUCAUACGAUCAGACCAUCACCUCACACCACAUCCUUCCCCACACUCAACAUCAAAAUGGUAUCACGAGGACUGUCAAUGGGCCUGCGCGCCUGGCAGCUGUUCUGUGCUGUUAUCGUCACUGCGUUGAUGGGUAGCAAUAUUGCUCGCGCCAACGCGGGAGUGCACUCAAUCAUCAACUACUCCCUAUUCGUCGGUGUAUGGUGGCUCCUUACGCUACUGUACUUCCUACCUACCUCAUUCAUCGACAAGUUCAGCAUCGCCAUUGUUGACAUCACCCUGGAUGCGUUGAGCGUCAUCUUCGGUUUCUGCGCCGCCGUUGCGCUACCCUCAUACAUUGGUGCGCACAGCUGCUCCAACUCGGCGUACACACACUCCAACAGCGUUCUCAACAGCUCACGUGACACGGAGCAGAACUGCCGCCAAGCCCAGGCUACCACUGCCUUCCUGUGGUUUGGAUGGGCUGCAUUCGUCGCCACCCUCCUUGUCAACAUCAUGAACGGACGCGGUAGCGGCGCCAACCUCCGUGGUGGUGUCCGUCGUGGCGCUCCCUCCAUGAGCCAGGUUUAGGAGGCCUACAAGGAGUACUCCGACAAAUCUUGGAACUCGGACAGGUCUUGGAACACACGAUCAGACGCCAGCGUUGUCUGAAAGACUAGGACUGAUUUGCUGAGAUGAAUUCUAGUUUUGGAUCAUGUAUACUAUGUUGAUGGUGAAGACAUUGUGGCUUGAUGCCGAUGUCAGGAUGAGCAGGCAGGAUCUUGAUACCAACAGUACACGUCUACGAUGGCAUGCAGCGUUUAUACUUAUUUUCAACGAAUGUAAUAAGACUUAAUACGACACUACAUCACA